GUUGUUUACAAUCCCCGCCACUACACGGAAGUACUUGACGUCUUCCCGGCCAAGCGGUGAGCACACACGUGUAGUGCGGUGGGAAACAUGUCGAAAAAACAAAGUUCUACUUCUUUAGCGACGGAAAAGCCGGACUCGCCGCCUAUCACCGGACGGACCCGCAGCGGCCGCGCUAUCCGUGCUCCACCAACACUUCAUGCCUCCGAAACUCCGGCGAAGAGUUCCAGCCGUAGGACUACCAGGAGGUCUGUCAUACCGGAGCAGAACGAGAAAGAACCGGAGGAUGAGGAGAAGCCCACGAUAGAAUGUGUAGAACCUACAUUAGUGGAGCCAAUGGAGGAGAAGCCCACACUAGUAUGUGUAGAACCUACGUUAGUGGAGCCAAUGGAGGAGAAGCCCACACUAGUAUGUGUAGAACCUACGUUAGUGAAGGAGAAGCCCACGACAGAAUGUGUAGAGCCUACGUUAGUGGAGGACAAGCCCACAAUAGAAUGUGUAGAACCUACAUUAGUGGAGCUGGUGGAAGAGAAGCCCAUGGAAGUCUGCGUGAAACCCACCCCAGCGGCGCCGUGCACAGAAGCCGCACCAGACGGCCAAGUGUCCAAGCCUUCACCGGCGGGGAGAGGGACAUCGAUCCCCACAUCUCAGCCCAAGAAGAAGCCUCGUCUGGGACCAAGCGAGAAGCCCAAAGCCGUCGUUAUUCCUCUGGGGAAGCCCAAAUCAGGACGAGUGUGGAAGAAUCGUAACAAACAGAGGUUCUCAGCGGUGGUCAGAGACUCGUCACUAUGCUCGUCCUGGGAGAAGAAGAUGGCGGCCAAGCGAGAGAAGCAGCUGGUGCAGCAAUAUUCUUUGCAGCUGAAAGAGCAGAAAGCCAAACAGAAGGAGGACAAGAGGAAACGCAGAGAGGACAACUUGAAACGACGCGAGGAGAACGAGCGCAAAGCGGAGAUUGUGCAAGUGAUACGGAACACGGCGAAGAUCAAGCGGAUGAAGAAGAAGCACCUGAGGAAGAUCGAGAAGCGAGACACGCUCGCUCUGAUUGAGAACAAAGACAAGCACAAGGUCAAAAGCAAACCGGCAAAGAAAAACAAGACGGAAAAGUCGACCUGAGGACUGACGUACACACACCCAAAAUUCAUUAUUAUUGAAAACUUUUUUUUUUUUUUUU